AUCACUAAAUAUAAUCAUAACCAUAUUAUAAAUUACCUAAUCGUUGUACAAUACACUUCUUUACUAUUUCUUGAAGCAAUUCCAAACUAAGUUCAUUUGGCUUCAUCCUGCCACAUAUUAUUUUCAGGUUUGAGGAAAAUGAGAUCAUCAAGAAUUCAAAGUGUUCAUUUCUUAAUUUUAUCUUCUCUUUCUUAAUACUAGUUAUAAAAUUUUGAAUCACAUUUGUGACACUCAUUCUUGUCUCUCUUUCUCAAUUCUAAACAUGAAACCUUCAUCACCAAUUUCCUUCACUUCUUCUCCUCUUCCUCCUUCACUUCCAAGAAAAACCCGUCUCUCUCCUUACCUCUUCACACUCCUAAUCUUCAUCCUAUUCGUCUCUGUUCUCUAUGGAGAAGAUUUCAUGUGCAUCUUUGGCCAGCUCGAGCCAAAUUUUGUCCUUCCGCCUUCUCGAACACCCGAGAAGAACAAGAAAGUGGAGAAGACUGCGUUCGCUAUUGGUAAAACAGAGGAAAAUUGUGAUCUAUUCAGUGGGAAGUGGGUGAGAGACGAAAUCUCCCGACCACCGUACGAGGAAUGGGAGUGUCCGUACAUUCAACCUCAGCUUACGUGUCAAGAACACGGCCGUCCCGACAAAGAUUACCAAUUCUGGCGGUGGCAACCCAAUCACUGCGAUCUUCCCUCAUUCAACGCGACGCUGAUGCUUGAGACAUUGAGAGGGAAGAGAAUGAUGUAUGUAGGAGACUCGUUAAAUCGUGGAAUGUUUGUGUCGAUGAUAUGUCUUCUUCAUCGUCUUAUCCCUGAUGAUCAGAAAUCCAUUAAAACCUCUGGUUCCCUCACAGUCUUCACUGCCAAGGAGUAUAACGCGACGAUAGAGUUCUAUUGGGCACCGUUUCUUCUAGAAUCGAAUUCAGACGAUGCAAUUGUCCAUAGAAUAUCAGAUAGAGUUGUAAGAAAGGGUUCAAUCAACAAACAUGGUCGUCACUGGAAAGGCGUUGAUAUUAUCGUCUUCAACACUUAUCUAUGGUGGAUGACUGGAUUGAAGAUGAACAUCUUGCAAGGAUCGUUUGAUGACAAAGAGAAGUCUAUCGUGGAGGUUUCCACUGAAGAUGCGUACCGGAUGGGUAUGAAGAGUAUGUUGAGAUGGGUGAAGAACAAUAUGGAUCGUAAGAAAACUAGGGUUUUCUUCACAAGCAUGUCUCCAACUCAUGCCAAGGGCGUAGAUUGGGGAGGUGAGCCGGGUGAGAACUGCUAUAAUCAGACAAAAAUGAUAGAAGAUCCAAACUACUGGGGAUCAGAUUCUCGGAAGAGCAUAAUGAAAGUGAUUGGUGAAGUGUUUGGGAGAUCGAAAACACCGAUCACGUUACUAAACAUAACGCAAAUGUCCAACUAUCGGAAAGAUGCGCACACGUCGAUAUACAAGAAGCAGUGGAGCCCACUCACGGCGGAGCAGCUGAAGAAUCCGACGAGCUAUGCGGAUUGUGUACAUUGGUGCUUGCCUGGCCUUCAAGAUACUUGGAAUGAGCUUCUCUUUGCUAAACUAUUCUACCCUUGAGAAAGAAAGAAAGAAACCAUUCACCCCCAUUAAGGAAAAACGACACCGUUUUGUCCUUUUUUGAGCUUGGAAGAAAGCCUUGUCGAGAAACUGUAAAAAUGUAGUCACUGAAAUGAUUUUGUCGUCGAAAAAGAAAAGUCUUUUGUGUUUAUAAGACUUAAAGAGUUUGACAAAGCGAAGAUGAAAUGUGGCUUUUAAUGUAUGUAAGUUUUUCGAAGAUUUUCUUGCAGGUAAAUCCGUUUGUCAUAUUCUUUUAUAUUAGAGAAAGCUUUUUACUGUGGAUUUUUUGUGGUGUGGAUAGAAAUACAUAUGUUAUGGAAUCAUUUGUGAAACCAUUUACUAUAAAUCCAAAUUCCAGAAAAGAUAUAGAUUCGAUAUUGGUUAGAUCAUCAUUUGUAAUAGAAUGUAAUCAAA